AUCAGUCCAAGGCUGAGGAAGCAAGAGCAGUCGACACAGGUCGAGGAGCACGGCGAGACCAUGGCAGAGACAUCCAUCUUUGAGGUCGCGAGGCAGACGCACGAGGAGGUGGAGCGCUACGAGCAGGCCGUAGCCGACGUGCUGGGCUCGUCUGCCGCGGGCCACAAGGAGCAGCUGAAGCGGGCGCACCAGGCGUCGGACCUGCUCGACCGCAUCGUCUCGCGCAGUGCCUUUCUCGACAACUUCUAUCGCGACGUCGCGGGCGAGCGGGCGCGCGAGAUGGAGGCCAUUGGUCCGUCGAGCUCCGACGACGCCAUGUCCGAGUUCUACGACCGGCUGGCCAAGGUCAAGGACUACCACAAGCGCUACCCCGGCGCCUCCGCCGACGCCUUCCAGGUCGACUUUAGCGCGCUCGAGGGCACAGGCUCGGCGGCCGAGGCUGCAGCCGGCCUGGACUUUGUCGACCGCAUGUUCAGCGGCGAGGAGGCUGCCGGUCGCUUCCUGGACGUCUAUGUGCACCACGACGCGUUCCUCAACCUUAAGGGCGUGCGGCGGAUCAGCUACCUGCAGUACAUUGACAUUCUCGACAAGAUUGCCGGCGACGGCUCGCGGAUACCAGACGAGACGAAACGCACCGAGGGCUACCGGAGAUACCUGCGCGACCUGCAGGCCUACCUCCUGGCCUUUCUCCGAAAGACGCGGCCGCUGCAGGACAUUGACAUGCUCGAGCUGACGACGCUGGCGACGUUUGAAGACGACUGGGACAAUGGCAGACUGGCCGGCUGGGAGGACGGCGGGGAGCGCAUCUUUGGAGCACCCGCGCGGGCAGCGCCGUCGAAGCCCAGCGGCGACGGCAUCUGGUGCGAGGCCUGCGCGCGGUCGUUUGCCAAGCAGACCGUCUUUGACGCGCACCUCCAGGGCGCCAAGCACACCAAGGCCGCCCAGAGACUCGCAAACGGGGGCGCAACUGGACAAUCGACGUCCGGGGCCGCGCAGGGCAGUGGCGCUGCCCGGGGCGACGACGAGGCGGGCCAGGUGGAGCAGGCGAAGCGGCGGGCAAAGGCAAAGGCGAUGGCCCGCGACGAGGCGCUGAUCCAGGCUGCGGGGAGGGAGCUGCUGGCGACGCGGGCCGAGACGCGGGCCAAUGUCGAGCGCCGGGCGGCACUGACUGAAAAGGAGCGCCAGGCCGAGGCUGACGAAGCUGGCGGCGACGAGCGACCACGCGGCGGCGACCGGGGACAGACGAGCGGCGGCGGCGGCGGCGGCGAUGGCGAUGACGACGAUGACGACGACGACGAAGGGCGCCUCUACAACCCGCGCCGGCUGCCCCUCGGCUGGGACGGCAAGCCGAUUCCCUACUGGCUGUACAAGCUGCACGGCCUCGGCGUCGAGUUCAAGUGCGAGAUCUGCUCCGACUACGUCUACCAGGGCCGCAAGAACUUUGAGCGACACUUUUCCGAGUCGCGGCACGCAUUUGGCAUGCGUGCCCUCGGCCUGCCCAACACCAAGCACUUCUACGAGAUCACGCGCAUCGAGGAUGCCCUUGCCCUCGCCGAGAAGCUCAAGAAGCAGGGCAAGGCCGUGGCCGACGAGCAGGGCGACGCAGAAGAAGUCGAGGACGAGCACGGCAAUACCUACACGAAAAAGACGUACGAGCUGCUGAAGCGCCAGGGCCUCAUCUAGUGCUGCUGCGGUGUGUCAAUGUAAUACUAUUAUUUUUGAA